AUGUCUAGGAGAGCCUUUUGGGAUCAGAUUAGUAGCCUUAGGGAUAGUAUUGAAGACAAGUGGUUGGUUGUAGGGGAUCUUAAUGUUGUCUUGUUCACUGAUGAGAAGAAAGGAGGGGGACCUCCUAGAAACGAAUCAGUGAUCCCUUUCAAAGCUUUUGUUGAAGACAAUGCAUUAAUGGACCUGGGAUUUAAAGGCUACCCUAACACUUGGUCGAAUAAUCAGGAAGGCCUCAGAAGAAGAGAAGUUCGACUGGACAGAGCACUCUGCUCUAUGACUUGGUUUGGCCUCUUUAGUAAUGCCACCAUCUAUCAUGAACUUCCUAUUGAAUCAGACCACAGCCCAUUGCGCGUGGAUCUUGAGGGGUCAAUGUUGAAGUCAAAACCGCCCUUUCGGUUUGACAUUAGAUGGUUACAACAUGAAGAGUUUCAUGACAUUGUCAACCAUAAUUGGGAUUUUGAUAACCAAUCACAAGACAUCUUACGCAAGUGUGAAGAGGAGCUGAGAGAAUGGGCUAAGCAAGUCUAUAAUAAUCAAAACAAAAGGUCGGUUGAUAUUCAGAAAAGGCUUGAAGAAAUCAUGUGUUGUGACCGAUCCCAAGAGAUUAUUCUAGAGGAAAAGAAUCUCAUGAAUGAGUUGGCUGCGAUAUGGAAAGAUGCGGAGCUCUUCUGGAGCCAAAGAUCAAGAGUCAGCUUUCUCAAAGAAGGAGACCAAAACACUAGUUUUUUUCAUGCUUCAACUGUGCACCGAAAACAGAGGAAUAAAAUUAGUUCGCUCAAGGACGAGGAGGGAGCCAUCAUCACAAAUCCGGACGAGCUCACGGAUCAUGUGACAACAUUUUAUCAGACACUCUUCACUCGAGCGGAGAGGAUUGAUAGUUCAGCUUUGCAAGAUUUUCCUAAACUUGUCACAAAUGAAAUUAAUGAAGCAUUGGUUCUUAUCCCAACCAACGAAGAGAUCAAGCAAGCUGUCUUUGACUUAGGAUCAACAAAAUCACCCGACCCUGAUGGAUUUGCUGGGUUGUUCUUCCGCCGUUUUUGGACUAAAAUUGGCCCUCGGUUCUGUAAGGAAGUUCAGGUUUUCUUCCAAACCUCGAUAAUGCCUCAAGGGUGGAACGACACACAUAUUGCUCUGAUCCCCAAAGUACUUUCACCGGAAUCAAUUAAGCAAUUCAGACCAAUUAGCUGUUGCAAUUUCCGGUAUAAAGUGUUGUCCAAGAUAAUGUCAAAUCGAAUAAAAAGGUGGCUGCCGGGUCUUGUUUCUGAAUCCCAAGCUGCUUUUACUGGGGGAAGGCUUAUCCAAGACAAUAUUAUCAUUGUUCAUGAAGUUCUACACCAUUUUAAGACUCGCCGGAGCGGGAAUUGGGAUAUGAUGGUUAAGCUGGAUAUGAGUAAAGCUUACGAUUUAGUCGACUAG